AGAGCAUUGUGGGUAAAGCAUGGGGUGAGUUGCAUAAUACCUCCGCUGUGAGGAUGGAGGCAGCUUCGAGCCCGGUGCUCGGGUCAAACGUCCCAUGUAGCGUCGCCUCCUCCCCGCUGUGAUGCAGCGGAUCGUCGGCCUCGCUGCAUCCCUGGAGAUCGGCGGCCUCGCGGCGUGCAGGCCCGGGCUCUGCGCCUGGAGGACGGGCCCGAGCGACCGCCAGCAGCCGGUCCUGCAGCGGCAGUGGGCGGGUACGACCGCGCGUCCUUUCACCGGGGCUGCGGGCCGGGUGCUCUGCGGGCGCAGGGCCGUGUUUGUCGGUCAGAAACUCAGGCUCUUCAGCUCCCAGCCCGGAGCCGACGGGCCGGCGGGGAGCUCCGGCGGCAAGCCCGCUAUCUCCGUGGUCGGCAUCCCGGACACGUUGACAUGGAUCCGGUGUAAAGUCGUGAUGUACCUGGUGUAUCUGUACUUCGAGUUGGACCUAAACUCCGCGGAGUUUGACAGAGGAGUGAAACAGGCUUUGGUCCAUGUGUCCAAUGUGAUGUCCAGUGGCAGAUACCAUCAAUUGAGGGGGAUAGUGUCCAAUGAGAUAGUAGAACACAUCGAGAAGAGUUGCAGGUCCCUCACUAAUGCUCAGAGACAGCAGCUCGCUGUCACGAUGGAGGACAUUAUAUUUCUGCUUCCUGAAGACGUGUCUGUUGUCUUUGAUCAAUAUGGUAGAAAGUUUAUCUUCAUCGUCAUGAGGUUUUGGCUCCUGUCAACACACGAGGGUCCUGAUGACCCAGAGGCCACGCAGAUCUUCAAAGUGGCCUCCAGUGAAGACGGCAGCCCGCAGAAGAAAAUAACAACUGCUGUCUAUGAAUUCCAUCGAGAGCUAACGAGGGGGGCGUCACCUGACUGGACGGUCACAACAGUUUGGCACUGGCACUGGACACUGGCUAAAUAAUUAAACUCAACUCUGUGAGACAUUUGCCACUUGUCAUGGACGCCACAGCAGCAAAUUUAACUUAUGUAUCCCUGAAAGACAAAGCGAGCAGCAGACUAAAGAACUGGACCCAAAGCCACAGCACUGAAGCAGUUGAGACUUCAGAACUCAAUACAUGAACCAGUCCUCCCACUUGAAUUUCAUCCUGCAGUCCUUCAAUGCCUCUUAAAGACUUUCCUCCACUGAUUUUACGCAGGUGAAAGACCUCUGAAAUAUCCUUGUCUUUAGCUAAGAUACAUGGACAGAAUGAUGAGGUCAUUGGAGGAAGACUUACUCCAUUUUCCUGAAAGUCUCUGAAUGUGUUGCCAAGAAAAUAAUAAAAAAGAAAAUAUGCCCGGGCU